UCAUACCCAAACUAUUGAGUAGACUCCCUUGCCUUAGGUUUACUGUCGCCUACUCGUCAAAACAACGAUGGAAAAGGACAGUGACAUCCUCAGUAGAUACAGAGCUGUAACCAACAAACUGAAGAAACGAUUUUUGAAGAAACCUAAUGUUUCAGAAGGGAGUGAACAGUUUUCAAGCCUUGCCAAAACCUUGAAGGUACAGGAGUGUCCACAGUAUGCUGGCUUUUGCUACUUAGCCCAAGCCAGAUGUGAGCACACCCUGUCCAAUGCAGCUGGAGAAGCCCAGGCUCUUACAGAGGCUGCUCGCUCAUUCCUGGCUGCAGAGCGGGCUGAUGUUGACCUCAGGUGUCCAACAUUUCAAGAACACUUGACAGCUUCUAUCAACUGCUACAGUCAUGCUAUCAGGGUUCACAUUGAAAACAAGCAGACGGCACUUGCUGCAGCACUUUGUCUAGAAGUCGGUAACGUACUGAGAAGUUUCAACAGGCAAGGUGAAGCGACAUCACAUUAUCAGAGAGCAGCAGAGCUUCAGUCACAGAGUCCCCUUGACUGUUUGGCUGCCUUAAAGAAUGUGGCACAAUGCAAGCUGGACACAAAAGACUAUGAAGGUGCACUGGCUGUUCUCACAGAGAUGGCUUAUCUUGCUCAAGAGAGAGGAGGGUCUUCGACCACAGGUAAACCAAUAGGAGCAUACUGUGAUGUCCUGUCCCAGUGUGAGGUGACACGAGUCCUGCUACUGAUGCUUCUGCAGCCCACACCACAAAGAAUACGGCCAGAACAUGCACAGACAUUGGAAAAGUAUGCCUGGGAGUCUCCUGAUGACAAUUUUACAGAACUUUAUCUGGGAGAGGAUCUUUUUCUGCUUCUGCAGUCCGUUGUGAUGGCAUGUCAGUCCAAAGAUUUGGAGUCACUUAGGGCUUUGCAGUUGGACUUAUGGCCACUUUUGCGCCCAGAACAGAAUCAGCUGCUACAUCUUGUGAUACAGGAAUUAGCCCAUCCAUCUGGUGAAGGUGUCUGAAACUGCCCAUGUCCCCUCGCAGAGUUUUAUAUAUGUACAAACAUUUGCAUGCCAUUGAUUUCAAAAUCUGUUUGAAGUUUGGAUAGAUUUUAAGGCUGUCUCAACUUCAAAUUAUGGACCUGUCUGUUGCAUAACUGUUAAUGCUGUUGAAUGAACAGUUAUUGGUAAAUACCUGUCCGCCUUCUGAUUCAACUAAGAAACAACUUGUACACAGUAGAUACAGGAAGGUAUGCUUCUAGUCUUUGUACUGUAAUGCGAAUUACGUUUUAUUGGCAGGCAUGUUAUCAAACUUGUUCAAAUCUGUCAUUCACAGCAGGCAAAAUCACCAAAAUUACAGUCCAACAAAUCUAUGUGCUCAUGUUUACUGUGGCAAAAUACUUUUAUUAAUGUACAAGUCUUUGAAGGGCUUUUGAAUAUGCACAUAUUUUAUUUGUUAUGCAGUGUGAUGAUGUAAAUACAUGUGAAAUACAAUUUUAUGUUUACAUGAAUUUGGAUACUUGUGCACAGCACCUGGAUGUAUGAAUGCUUGCAAGCAAACAUGGUCACUUUUCUGCAUCUGUUCAUGUGUUCCUGUUUGAGUUCUCACAUCAUGGCUAAAAUAAAAGAAAGUAAAACAAAAA